CGUACCUGCUGAGAAGCUGCUGGAAACAGAGUGAGGAUCUGGCUGAGGAGUGAUCAGACCAUCAUCAGCAGAGAGUCAUCACCAUGGGGAACUGCUGCGACAGAGCGUGCGGUUUUUUCGGCCCACAGAAGAACACCAAUGUUCGUGUCAGCCUGCCUGCUGUCUGCUUCGUCUGGCAGAUUGCUAUGAUUGUGCUGUUCGGAGUUUUCAUCCGGUAUAAUGAGGAGUCAGACGCUCAUUGGGUAGAAACCAGAAGGGAACGAAACAUCAGUAGUGAUAUUGAAAAUGACUUCUACUUCAGAUAUCCGAGCUUCCAGGACGUCCAUGUCAUGAUCUUCGUUGGAUUUGGUUUCCUCAUGACCUUCCUGAAACGCUACAGCUUCGGUGGUGUGGGAUUCAACUUCCUGAUCGCCUCCUUUGGUCUGCAGUGGGCUCUCCUCAUGCAAGGCUGGUUCCACUCCCUCGACCCCGUCUCCGGAAAAAUUUUUAUCGGAGUAGAGAAUCUGAUCAAUGCAGACUUCUGCUGUGCUGGCUCUCUGAUUGCCUAUGGUGCCCUUCUGGGGAAAGUAAGCCCUGUGCAGCUGAUGGUUGUCACCUUAUUUGGCAUCACGCUGUUUGCUGUGGAGGAAUACAUCAUCCUCGACCUCCUCCAUUGCAGAGACGCUGGUGGCUCCAUGGUCAUUCACGCCUUCGGCGGGUACUAUGGUUUGGCAAUCUCCUGGGUCCUCUACCGACCAAACCUACACCAAAGCAAGCGCCUCGCUGGAUCUGUCUACCACUCUGAUAUGUUUGCCAUGAUUGGUACUCUGUUCCUGUGGAUGUUCUGGCCCAGUUUCAACUCAGCCAUCACUGACCAUGGUGACGGACAGCACAGAGCAGCCAUCAACACAUACAUCGCCCUCGCCUCCUCUGUCCUCACCACAGUGGCCAUCUCCAGCAUGUCUCAGAAGAGAGGAAAGCUGGACAUGGUGCAUAUCCAGAAUGCCACUCUGGCUGGUGGUGUUGCCAUGGGAACAGCAGCAGAGUUCAUGAUCACACCUUAUGGCUCACUGAUCGUGGGUUUCUGCUGUGGCAUCAUCUCCACCUUCGGCUACCUGUUUGUCACUCCCUUCUUGGAGAAGUAUUUGAAGCUCCAGGACACAUGUGGUGUUCACAACCUGCAUGCUGUACCGGGGAUGCUUGGCGGCUUCAUAGGUGCCAUUGUUGCUGCGACCGCCACUGAAUCUGUCUAUAGCAGAGAGGGGCUGAUCAACACAUUUGACUUUGAAGGCGAAUUUGCAGACAGAACUCCAGGAAUCCAGGGAGGCUUCCAGGCUGCCGGCACAUGUGUGGCAAUUGCGUUUGGACUUGUUGGAGGAGCGAUUGUGGGUUUCAUCCUGAAGUUCCCCAUCUGGGGUGACCCUGCUGAUGACAACUGCUAUGAUGAUGAAGCCUACUGGGAGGUUCCUGAGGACGAGGAGACCAUCCCUCCUGUCCUGGAGUACAACAACCACAUGAUUCACAAGCACCAAGACAUAGCUGAGUCAAAUUUCUCUUUGGAGCAAAGUUAGAGCAACCACCUUCAUAUCACUUUGAACUUGAUACAGUUGUGAAACAACACUAAUUUAUGAAGGAGCAACCCGCAAAAGUGGGCAAUUCUACAAGGAAGGAACAAUAUUUUACCACGUCUUGCCAGUUUUGUCUUGUUCAAUUUAUACCUGAUGGAUUUGCCUGGCACCUUUGUCAGUGAUUGUUGAAGAUUAAAAUGCUAUAUAUUUAGUCGUUCGUGCAAUAACAAAAAAAAGUAUAAUGAAUGAAUAAUCAGUAGUGCCGGCUCUCUGAAAGUAUUUGCCCAUCCAAAUGAGGCAACUGACUUGUAUAUCUUAUUUUUAAAAUUAUGUAUAGGCCUUUGUAAGCUGUGUGUACAUACAACUCCACAUUGUACUGCGUACUGAUUGUUUGUUGCUUUAUUGUUCUUGUUCUUAUGGUGGAAGUUUUGAGUAACUACAGUAACUAUGAUACAAUUUACAGUGAUUUGGUUGCUGCAGUGUUGAAUGUUACUUCCAAUACACCACAUGUGAUUGUAUAUGACAGUUUGCUUGUUGUAUUAUUGACGUAUCACAGUUUCAGAUGUACACAGUCCACAUUUAACUGGAAGUAAACAUUAAAGUUGUAUUAUUAUCUUUA